UUUUUUUUGGUGUGAGUUUGUGUCUUUUUUUUGUCCUUCCACCUUCAUUCCUUUUCUUUCAUUAGUUGACAUCAACAACAAAACCUAAUUUUCGCCUGUCAUGUCGACCGAUUUCAAAUCCCUGACGGUCAAAAAGUACCCUCGACUGCCAGGACGUAAAACCCCAGAGUCAAGAUACUGGCGCAAGUUCAAGUCACCAAUUGUGGUCAAAGAGUUUGCAGCUGUUUCGUCAGUUCAUUUUUCAGAGACGACACCAUAUGAUUUUGCAGUGACAGCAUCGACACGCGUUCAGAUUUACAGCUCAAAAACACAUCAGGUCAAAAAGACUAUCUCACGAUUCAAAGACGUCGCAUACUCGGGAACCAUUCGAGCGGAUGGAAAGCUAGUAGUUGCUGGAGAUGCUACCGGCCUGAUUCAGAUCUUUGAUGUCAGCAGCAGAGCCAUUCUCAGAACUUUCCGAGAACACAAACACCCAGUACAUGUUACCAAAUUCUCAUCAGACAAGACUCAGAUUUUGUCUGCAUCAGAUGACAAGACAGUGAGGAUCUGGGAUAUGCCUAGCGAAACUCCAUUGACGAUAUUCACAGGACAUGAGGAUUAUAUUCGUUCAGGAAUGGUCUCGCACGACAAUCCACAUCUUAUCUUAUCAGGAUCUUAUGAUCAGACAGUUAAAUUAUGGGAUAUGCGCACUCAGGGCUGUGUUAUGACCAUGAAUCAUGGAUCACCAGUAGAAGCUGUAGAGAUGUUUCCUGAUGGAGGAGUGGUUGUUUCAGCUGGUGGACCUUCCAUUAAAGUGUUUGAUAUCUUGGCAGGAGGUCGACCCAUGCAUGCACUCUCAAAUCAUCAAAAGACUGUCACAUCGUUAUGUUUUGAUAAUUCACAUUCUCGUCUAUUGACAGGAUCAUUGGAUCAACAUGUCAAAAUCUAUAACGUUCAGGAUUAUAGUGUUGUCCACAGUGUCAAAUAUCCAGCACCAGUUUUGAGUGUUGCUCUCUCACCUGAUGAUACACACUUGGUGGCUGGUAUGGCAGGUGGAUUACUAUCGAUCCGUCAACGCGUCGUCAAAACAGCUGAAGUACAGACCCGUCGUGCACAGGAGGAGCAGAUCCGUGCUGGUAGCUAUAAAUACUUUGUCCGUGGUCAAAAGAAGGCUAACGAGGGCGAUUUCACAGUCGAGACUCAGAGGAAGCGUCGUCUGCGUGAAUAUGACCGAUAUUUGAAAGCAUUCCAGUAUGGCAAUGCGUUGGAUGCUUGUCUGAGAACGAACCAACCUGCAGUGACGACCGUUUCAUUGAUUCAGGAGUUAGUCCAUCGUGAUGGUCUUCGACAGGCACUGUCAGGAAGAGAUGAUAUCUCCUUGGAGCCACUGGCGCAAUUCCUAGUGAGGAACAUCAACAAUCCACGGUACACAUCCAUUCUAGUGGAUGUGACAACGAUUAUGAUUGACAUGUACACGGCUGUAUUGGGGCAAUCGCCUUUGAUUGAUGAGCUAUUUAUGAGGUUGCGGGCCAAAGUUAAAAUGGAAAUUGAAUUUCAAAAGCAGUUGUUGUCCGUUUUGGGAUCGAUGGAGAUGUUGUUUGCAAAAAGCACGACUACAUCUGUAGGGGUUGCUAUUCAUAAUGAGAUGGCAUCUGUCUCUAUGUCAUCACCGGCAACAGCACCAACGGGAGCAACAGGGGCAUCAACAAUGGCUUCAUCUUUAUCUUCAUCUUCAUCAUCGAGGAUACAAUAAUUUUGACAUAUCAAAUGACACACAUCCUUUAUAAAUGCAUUCAUUCUCUUUUCUCCUUUUUCGAGUUAUACAUUUAUUAUUUUUCCCCUAAUAGAUAUUACUCAAUGUGUAUAAAGUUGAGGAAAUAUUAAAAAAAAGGGGGACCUUGCCUGAACAGUCUUCUUUGCAUGUGAUAAACAGAUAGAAAACGG